UUUUUAAUCUAAAUUUGCUUAUUGAUUUCAAAUUUUCAUUCUUCGACGCAUGACCGAAGUGGAGCAGGCAUAAGUCAUUUCUUUUCUUUCCUCGAUAUUUUUCGCCUCUCUUCUCUCUCUCUCUCCUUCGUCGGGUGUUAAGAUCUGUUUUCCAAGAAUUUGUGAUUGAAUUGAAUAAUUGAGAAUAAUGGGAGGAGGAUUUAGGGUUUUACAUUUGGUGAGACCAUUUUUGUCAUUCCUUCCAGAAGUACAAAGUGCAGACAGGAAGGUACCUUUCAGAGAAAAGGUUAUCUACACUGUUAUCUCUUUAUUUGUAUUUUUGGUUUGCAGUCAGCUUCCGCUUUAUGGAAUUCAUUCCACCACCGGGGCGGAUCCGUUUUAUUGGAUGCGUGUUAUCCUUGCUUCCAAUCGUGGAACUGUUAUGGAGCUUGGUAUUACCCCCAUUGUAACAUCGGGGUUGGUUAUGCAACUCUUGGCUGGGUCUAAGAUCAUUGAAGUAGACAACAAUGUACGCGAAGACCGUGCACUUUUGAAUGGUGCCCAGAAGUUGUUGGGAAUUUUGAUAGCUGUUGGGGAGGCUGUAGCAUAUGUUCUUUCUGGAAUGUAUGGUAGUGUAGGCCAGCUUGGUGUUGGGAACGCAAUCCUUAUUAUUCUUCAACUAUGCUUUGCUGGUAUUAUUGUGAUCUGCCUUGAUGAACUUCUUCAAAAAGGAUACGGUUUAGGAUCUGGGAUUUCACUCUUCAUUGCUACCAACAUCUGUGAGAACAUCAUAUGGAAAGCAUUUAGCCCAACCACUAUCAAUGCUGGCCGUGGAGCUGAGUUUGAAGGUGCUGUCAUUGCCUUGUUCCACCUCCUAAUUACUAGGACUGACAAAGUUCGAGCACUUCGAGAGGCAUUUUAUAGGCAGAACCUUCCAAAUGUGACCAACUUGUUGGCAACCGUCUUGAUUUUCCUGAUUGUAAUCUAUUUCCAAGGAUUCCGUGUUGUUUUGCCUGUAAGGUCUAAGAACGCUCGUGGCCAGCAGGGUUCAUACCCAAUUAAGUUGUUUUACACCUCCAACAUGCCCAUCAUUCUUCAAUCUGCUCUUGUGUCCAACCUUUACUUUAUCUCACAGUUGUUGUACAGGAAAUACAGUGGUAACAUCUUUGUGAAUUUGUUGGGAAAGUGGAAGGAGUCUGAAUAUAGUAGUCAAUCAAUUCCGGUUGGUGGUCUUGCAUACUAUGUCACUGCCCCAGCCAGUUUGGCAGACAUGGCAGCACAUCCUUUCCAUGCCUUGUUCUAUAUAGUUUUCAUGCUUUCAGCUUGUGCUUUAUUUUCUAAGACAUGGAUUGAGGUUUCUGGAUCAUCUGCUAAGGAUGUUGCAAAGCAGCUCAAGGAACAAGGAAUGGUUAUGCCUGGGCACCGUGAUUCAAACUUACAGAAGGAACUCAACCGUUACAUUCCGACUGCUGCUGCCUUUGGUGGAGUGUGCAUUGGUGCACUUACAGUUUUGGCUGAUUUCAUGGGUGCAAUUGGAUCGGGAACUGGUAUUUUACUUGCCGUAACCAUCAUUUACCAAUAUUUCGAGACCUUUGAGAAAGAGAGAGCAAGUGAACUUGGCUUCCUUGGGCUUUGAGCACCUUUAUCACAGUUUUGUCGAUAUCAGAGGGAAUGGUAUUAAGCCUAUUAGGUGAUGAAUUGUUAGAAUCCAGCAGUAGGGGGUUCCUUUUCCUCAACAUUAUGUACGCUAAGAGCAUUUGUUUUUUCCUCUUGUCUAACACACUGACCUUAAAUAGAAUACACUAUACUUCUGUUUAUCCUUAAAUUAUGUAUUUUCAACCAGGAGUACAGUAGUACUUGCUAGAUCAUUUAUGGUUGCAAUUGUCUUAAUUUACUUAUUUUUGCAGUUUCAA